AUGGAAAUGCGGAGAACCAGCGGGACGGGACGCCUCGACGCCAGGAAUCCCGGCGUACGCGACCUAACAGCCCAGCUUGCCGCAUGGAUUGCCGCCGAGUUUACAAAGCGGAGGUAUAAGGAGUGGGAUCUCGGGUUUCCAGUGUUCGCCGUCGAGAUUGAUGGCGAUAAUUGGCUGCUGCGUGUCGCUGCUGCACGUGUUGUGCCAAGCACCAGCGCUGCAACCAAGUCUCCCAGAGAUGGAGAAGGGGAUGCACAGGAAACGGAAGCGGAAGAAGGACCGAUGUCGCUCCCAGAAGAUGAAUACAAGCUCUUCUUCUUUGGACCGCUGGCUCUCGGCAAUACAUUGACUCUCGAGAGCUCGAAGAGGUUGCUUGCCAACCUAGUUGAUAUUACGAAGUGGGGGCAGGUCCGAGUUUUGGACGUGGUGGGAGGUGAAUGUGAAGAUGGUUUUGGAGAAGAGGAUACGGCGUUGAAUAGAUAGCGACGUUCUUUUAAUACCCGUUUUAAAUUAAUAAGUGAGAGCUAUCGGUCCAGAAGGACAUCCAGGCUGUUCAAAGAAUUCUUUCCUUAUCUUGGAUCUAACUUGCGGCGAAUGCAUUUUUUUUUUCCUCUGCUAUAAACAGCACCUCCACUAGGGACUUAAGAAGGAAGAUAGUAUCCACGCCAGUAAUAUAGCACUCGCCGUUGCGAAGAAGUAUGCAUUAACUGAGCGUGGAGAAAUCGGGGACGAGCUUGAAGGGAGCAUGUUCGGAGUCACAUGAUAAAAUAGGCAUUCACUAAGCAAAGCUAGUCGAAAGUCGCCCCGUCAGCCAGCAGCGAAAUCCUCUUGCAUCCGGUCCCAUGAAUCGUUCGGCGGCAGAC